UAUAGCCUCGCUUUCCAACGUCGCCCCUUCGCUGAUAGGCUGAGAAGUAGGUCUCCUGAGAACAGCCAAUGAGAAGGUGAAUCGAAUUCUAACCAAUAAAAAACGUCUAUGUGGGAGUUAGACUGUUAAGUUGUCUUUUGACCAAUGAGAGUAAGCAGAGGUAAUUCUGUCAUUUGCAUAAGGUAGCUAUAAAUUGGUGGCAGAUGGGUGAUCGCCCUCAAUUCGCCACUUUACUGUGUGGUUUUGUGGUGUUAAGGGCCGGUGAGAGACGCGCCUUUGCCGCGAUGCCUGAACCAGCGAAGUCCGCUCCUGCGCCCAAGAAGGGCUCCAAGAAGGCUGUCACCAAGACGCAGAAGAAGGGCGACAAGAAGCGCAAGAAAAGCCGCAAGGAGAGCUACUCCAUCUACGUGUACAAGGUGCUGAAGCAGGUGCACCCCGACACGGGCAUCUCGUCCAAGGCCAUGGGCAUCAUGAACUCGUUCGUCAACGACAUCUUCGAGCGCAUCGCCGGCGAGGCCUCGCGCCUGGCGCACUACAACAAGCGCUCCACCAUCACGUCGCGGGAGAUCCAGACGGCCGUGCGGCUGCUGCUGCCCGGCGAGCUGGCCAAGCACGCCGUGUCCGAGGGCACCAAGGCUGUCACCAAGUACACCAGCUCCAAGUAAAUCCGUGUUUGAAAACCUUUUAACCCAAAGGCUCUUUUAAGAGCCACCUACUUUUUCAUUAAAAGGGCUGUACAGUCUAACAGAGAAGAAAACUUGUCAAUUUCUUAAUGUUCUUAUUUCAAUUAUACUUUUUUCUAAUUCCUGUUUACAGUUGGGUUUUGGCAAAACAGUUUCUGUAUUUUACGUGCUAGGAAACAUCUAUUUUAUCUGUGCAACAUAACUUUUUUUUUCUGGGUGAGAUAAUUCAUACUUAGAAUUUCAGCAGUUCUUUUUUGCACUACAUUACUUUAUAGUUUUCUAGUCUGGAAAGAAUAUUUUCACUAAUGGAAGCUUAUCUUUGUGUAUUGUUGUAAAUGUUGUAAGGGCAUCUACCACUUGAUGGUGCUCCAUCCUUUUUUUUUAAAUUUUCUGUAGAAGUGAGAGGUGUUUACAAUGCACUGUACUGGAAAAAAUAUUUUUAGUAACUGGUAACUAGGGAAAUUUAUUGUAACAAACUGCUACUAAUAGACCAGUGAUUAAUAAAACAGAAAUACUUUCUAAAACUUA